AAAGUCAGCUACUAAAAUUUAUACAAUACUGAAUGCACACACUUUGUAUGUUUUCAUCCUUUAUUCAUUCAAUUCCUUUUCCCCCGGAGAUUCCGUAGAGUUAUUUAAAAGCAAUGAGCAAGAAAAGGCCACCACUCGUAGGCCAGUACGUGAAGGUCUCGAGUGCUGGUUUGGUCAGGCUAGUCAAAGAUGUUAUCCAACUCAAACGGUCCCUGUUAAAGGUACUAUCAAGCAAUACAAUAUUGAUGUUACAUAAGAAGAUUCAUUCAUUGGAAGAAGAAGUUUAUAAUUUAAAACAUGAACUUCAAACAAAGAACAGUGAAAUGUAUGUUUUGAAACGUCGGUACAGUGACAACUUGCACAAUGUGGAAGAACUAAGAAAGGAGAAUUUUCUUCUGAAGACUCAACUGAAUGAAAUGCAAGAAGAAAGGUCGGAAGAGUACGAAGAAUGUCUGUCAUUUGUUACAAUUUGUUUAUCAAUGAUCUGGCAUAGUUCUUUGAAAGACGAAUGUAUAGAAUCAAUGAUCGCUAGGGAAACCAUUGUGAAGUUCCUAGAAUUUGUCUCACAAUCUGUAUCAAGUUUCUCAGAAACGAGUAGGGGUGACUCUCCUGACAAGAUAGUGAACGUUUUGGACAGCAACUCUCAAGAAUAUACCUUAGUACUGUCUAUUGCUGGGAUCAUUACAAAUAUUGCCGCAACACCUCUGGGAAGAGAAUAUUUGUCUUCUAAAGAAGCUGGAAUUAAAGGAAUAAAUGCAUUGAUUUCAUUUUUAUCAGUAACACCAGCUCUGCAGUGCAUGAGGAUAAAAAGUCUCAUCUUAAAAGCUUUGUAUAAUAUAAGCAUCAAUAGAAAAGGUUUGAAAUAUUUGAUGUCAAAAAAAGGUUUGAUGACAACACUUGGCUAUCUUUUAAAAGAUCACGAAGCUGAUCCAGAAAUGCGCUUGUCUUGCAUCAAUUGUAUUCAAUCUUUGGUGAUGGAACCGGAGAAUGUGUCUCUCGCUCACGAGUUCCUUGAAGUGGUUUCAAUAAGAAAACUCCAGGAAUACGCGGGUUCUUCCAGAGGAGAGUUAAAGAAAGCGACGAUAGAAUUAAUCUCUGAUCUAAAGGAAGUGUUUCUUCGUCAGUCUAAAUCCGAAUGAAUUUCGUUUACAGCAACACUCACUAGAAAAAUGUUUUAUAUUCAUACUAAAUUUCUAAUUGAUAUUUCUAAAAGUAUCUUGGGAAAUUAAGCAAAGUUUUAUUCAGACAGUAUAUAUGAAUUUCAGCAUGGUACACAGAAAUUACAUAUAACUUAUGCUGUUAUGCAAUAUAGCAUUGUUGAUAUUAUUAAAAAGAUAUAUAAAGAAACUG